GGAUAUUGGAUUUAGAUGAGCGCUUUUCAAAAUGGCGGCGCCCGCAGCAGAGAGUGGCCCAUGCGAGUGUAAAUCCGACAUGGCAUCUGUUAAAGCGGUUUCCUCAGCUUUCCCGCUUGCUCUCCGGAUUGUAGCGGAGUGUCCGGUGAGCAAAGCGCGGGCGUGUGUGCUCACUCUUCCCCACGGCAGCGUUAACACGCCGGUGUUCAUGCCGGUGGGCACGCAGGGUACCAUGAAGGGAAUCACCGCGGAGCAGCUGGAACAGCUGGAUUGUCGCAUCUGCCUCGGGAACACGUAUCACUUGGGCAUGAGGCCGGGUCCUGAGCUGAUCGAGAAAGCCAACGGCCUGCAUGGAUUCAUGAACUGGAAACGAAACCUCCUGACGGACAGCGGAGGUUUUCAGAUGGUGUCUCUGGUGGAGCUGUCCGAGGUGACGGAGGAGGGAGUUCUGUUCCGCUCACCGUACGACGGAAAGGAGAUCCUGCUCACCCCCGAGCAGUCCGUCGGCAUCCAGAACAGCCUCGGCUCGGACAUCAUGAUGCAGCUGGACGACGUGGUCAGUAGCACGGUGACGGGGCCGAGGGUGGAGGAAGCCAUGCGUCGCUCCGUGCGCUGGCUGGACCGCUGCAUCUCGGCCAAUAAAAAUCCACAUCGGCAAAACCUGUUCGCCAUCAUUCAGGGGGGGCUCAAUGCGGAGCUGCGCAGGGCGUGCCUGGACGAGAUGACGAAGAGAGACGUGCCCGGCUUUGCCAUCGGCGGUCUGAGUGGCGGAGAGGAGAAGGACGACUUCUGGAAGAUGGUGACUCUCAGCACAGACCACCUGCCCAGAGAGAAGCCUCGAUACCUGAUGGGAGUCGGCUACGCCGUGGACCUGGUGGUGUGUGUCGCUCUGGGCUGUGACAUGUUCGACUGCGUCUUCCCGACUCGCACGGCUAGGUUUGGCUCGGCCCUGGUUCCCUGGGGUUCUCUGCAGAUCAAACAGAAACAGUACGCGAAGGACUUCCAGCCCAUCGACCCCGAGUGCGAGUGUCCGACCUGCGAGAGACACAGUCGAGCGUAUCUGCACGCGCUGUUCAAGAGCGAUACCGCCGCCAUGCACCACAUCACCAUCCACAACAUCUCCUACCAGCUGACCCUGAUGCGUUCGGUGCGGCGGAGCAUCGUCGAGCAGCGCUUCCCCGAGUUUGUGCGCAGCUUCAUGAGGAGGAUGUUCCCCUGCGGCGAGCCGUACCCGAGCUGGGCCGUAGAAGCUCUCGCGUCGGUCGACAUCGCUCUGGACUGAAAAGGCGUUCAGGACGAGCUGUGAUCUCUCGCUCGGAACGAUGGAAGUGUGUCGGUUUGCUUUUUUUUUUUGUUUUUGUUUUUUCAUGCUUCUCGUUUGAAAAUGUCCUUGAGCUCGCGGACGUCUCCUUUCCAGCCUUUACAUCUGUCCAGAUGUUCACCUUGGUCCUAUUUCAGUGACCUUGAGACUGAUUUUUAAAAUUAUUAUUAUUAUUAUUAUUUUUUUUUAUAAUCCAAACAUUGUCUGUUUUUAACCGGUGUUUUUAACUCGCCGUCGGGGAAUUCUUUUCUAUCGUUGCUGUAUUUAUUUUCACAGGUCGAACCGUAUAUCUCCUGCUGGUUGCAAAGCCAGUGUGUUUUUAAUUGUAAAAAAUAAAAAAUGUGUAUAUACAAUAA